CGGGGGCGCGCUUUCCGCGUUGGCUGGCUGCUUCUCGCUCCCAGCACGAGUGGACACUGACAGCCAGCUGUGCGGCUACACGACAACGACGACAAUAACAGCUGCGGACUCACCGCCUUCGAACCUUGAGCACUCAAUUCCUCCGGUGUCCGUUUGGGAGGCCAAAAAAAGCUCGAGAAGCGAGGAAGAAAAAACAAAAAGGGCUUAUAUCGUCGUCGGCGUCGGUGGUUCCUGUGCUAGCUUACGCGAAAGACGAGCAUUCCUCCGACAUGAAUCCGCUGUGUGGCAGAUGUAAUCUCGUCGUCUACCCCACGGAAAAAAUCAAUUGUCUGGACAAGUACUGGCAUACGAGAUGCUUCCGCUGCGAGGUCUGCAAUAUGUCUCUAAACAUGAAGAAUUACAAAGGUUUUGCGAAGAGACCAUACUGCAAUGCACACUACCCCAGGGCAAACUUCACCUGCGUGGCUGACACUCCAGAGAACAUCCGUCUCAAACAGCAGAGCAAGAUGCAGAGCCAGGUUCUCUACAAGGAGGAUUUUGAAAAGAAUAAAGGGAAAUCCUUCACUGUGGUCACAGACACGCCAGAGCUGCAGAGACUCAAGAUAUCACAGAAUCAAGUUAGCAACGUCAAGUACCAUGAGGAGUUUGAGAAGAGCAAGACUCCACAUCUCCACGAGGAAUUAAAGAGCAAGACUCAGCAUCAACAGCCAGGUAACCCUGCCCCAGCAGCUUUCCAGCCCCCGGCUGCCUCUCAGAACUACCACUAUGAUCCUGCCCCUGAGCCUGUGCGCCCAGCGGCCGCUGCACCUCCUCCCAGCGCCGGGAAGAGGUACCGGGCGGUGUACGACUACGCCGCCGCAGACGAGGACGAGGUCUCCUUCAUGGACGGCGAUGUGAUCGUGGACGUGCAGCAGAUCGACGAGGGCUGGAUGUACGGCCGCGUGGAGCGCACUGGCCAGCAGGGAAUGCUGCCUGCCAACUAUGUGGAGGCCAUCUGAGAGGGAGAGAAAAGGAGAAAGCGAAAGAAGAGGUAGAGAAAGGGAGGGCAAGGAGUAAAAAAAAAAAAAAAAAAAAAAAAAAGAAAAAAAAGCCCAGUGCCAUUUCAUCUUUAACGCAGCUUCUCUUGAUUUAACCUAGCCUUGUCCCCCCCAUGCCGGCUCCUUUCUCGCUGUUCAGCUCGCUAACCUCAAGCCUUCUUUUGUCUUAACUUUUUUCUGUCUGUGUGUACUGAUGUUUGGAUGUCGCUCAUCCUCGUCAUCUUUGUCGCAUUCCGGAAGUCAGCUCCAUCUUGGCUACAACACUUAAAAUUCCCCCCAGCGCAAACAUUGUGCAAAAUAUAAGGACAAAUAUUUGGAAAAUUUCCGCGUGAGUCAUUCCACACAGAUGUUAUUUUGUUUAUUUGUGUGUGCGUUUCCUCAGCAAGACUGGAAGCCAAGUUUAAUCUCAGUCACUCAAACACUUGUACAUUCCUUUGAUCUCUCAACCCUGUCGGAUCAGACAGCUGUCCGUCCUAACAGAGUUUAAGUCUAAUAUAUAUUUAUAGACCCUGAUGUGAUGCGCUGCAUCAUGGGUAAUGUUGUUCAACUGGAAUCCGGAGCACCUGCUCUUGUAAUUUCUGUUUUGGUUUUUUUGUCACGGGCAGACACAAAAGGGAUCAGGGAUGAGUUUGGGAACAUCCAACAUACAUAUUUGUACACACCUGACUUCCUGUUUCCUGUGAUGCAAUGUCCUUUCUUCCCCCCUUUGGCCACAAAGUUAGCGUACACAGCACAACUGUAUUGUGACCUUUUUAAUCCUUUUAUUCCUCUGCUUCAGCAACAUUUCAGUCUUAAUUUUUCUGAGAGAUGUGAAUGAAUGUCUUUGACUUGUUUAUUCCCCAACCCACCUCGCCUAUCUUGUGCUCAUGUUCUUCUUUGCCUUUUUUCUUUGUUGUAUUGUAAGAUGCUUAUUUUGAACAGCAAAAUUGUCAAUUGUAUUAAAUGAAUAAACCAGCAACACAAUUUAUGAAGGUGGAGUUUAUAUAAAAUGUAAAUGACAAAAAAAGGAGAGGUAGUGGGAGUUGGAUAAGGAAGCAGUGGUGGAGUGAGUGGAAAGCUAAUAUCAACAGUGUGCCCAAAAACUUAUAAACUGUCAGCCAGCGUUUGAUUGGUCGGUUGGUAGUUACUAAGACUUCCUCGGUGUAAAUAAUGUCCGACGACGGGGUGUGAUUGAUUGGGGGUGCGGAUAUACCUAGGUGACAUUUGUACAAUUGUGUAAGUAUCAUAAUAGACGUCAUGGUGCGUCACAAUUUAUUUUACUGUGUAAGAUAGCGACGGAGGGAAUCGUAGUGGUCCUAAUUUUUAUUUGAAAUAUCAAUCAAUUUCAGACAUUUGACAACUUAUCUACACCAGUUCAGAAGGUCAUAGUGUUCUGCCUUCUUCAGGCCAGCGUAGAAAUUUGUUAGACCGUCAGGCACAGCAAACUAGCAUUUCAUGGGGUGGUAGAUCAGUAAACUAGCUAUGUCAGGCUAGCAUGGACGACGACAACAAAUAAUACAAACUUUAUCCCCUAAAACAUGUUACUUGUAAUCCUUCAGCUAGCAUUUGAGUGGUCAGUAGGUCAGUGUGCCUGGCUAGCGUAGCACUACGACAACUGUUAUCAACUUUGUCGCCAAAACUUACUAGUAACGAGUAAGGGAUCAGCUAGCAUUGGAGAGGUUGGCAAGUCAGUCUGUCGAGGAAGCGUAGACCUACUACGACAGUUAAUAUGAACUUUGUCCCCCAAAAUGUGUUAGUAGUAACUAAUAAUGUGUCCGCUGGCAUUUAAGCAGUCGGUACAAGCCAGUGUAGCACUAUGACAACCAUAAACACAAACUUUGUCCCCAAAAACGUACUUGUAACCGGUAGCCUGCCGGCUAGUGUUUCAGUGUUUGGUAGGAGAGUCUGUCAAGCUAGCUUAGCAUGACGAUCACCACAAACUUUGUCCCCACAAAGGUGUCACUAGUAACCAGUAAGGAGUCAGCUAGCAUUUGAGUGGUUGGCAAGGGUCUGCCAAGUUAGCAUAGCACUACAACAGUAACUUUUCUGUGUUCCCAAACUCCUUCCCAUUCUCAAAACAUGGACUGUGACUGGGGAAUUGGGUAUGAUCACAAAAGAGUGAAUAGUCAUAUUUGUGACUUAAAUUAUCAGACAACUUUGAUGACUUGCUAUUUCAGAAAGCUGAUUUAGAGCCCACUCCCUCUCCCUGAGGCAAGCAUAAGAAUUGUUGGACAGGUUUUUGUCCCAAACAUGUUACUGCACCUUGUUACUUGUAACUAAUAACAUCACAGCUAGCAGCGUAACAGUACAAUGACCAUUUAUCUGUGUACAUAAUUUCCCAUCAAACUCUUCCGUCAUUCUUGGACCAAGCACUGCGGCUGACAGUUGUCAUUUAAAAUUGUUAAUUAUCGAUCGAUUCGGACAUUUGAUGCAUUUUUUGACAAAUUCAAAAUUACGGUACAUACGCCGUUUUAAUGCACACUGCCUCCCUCAUGUGAGGGUGGGAAUUGUCUGGAACAACAGUUUUUGUCCCCCAAAACAUGUAACGAGUCAGCCUGCAUUUGAUUUGUUGGUAGCUCAGUGAGCUCGUGUAGCACUAUGAAGACCAUUUCUCUGUGUGUGUGUCAUCUCAGAGACUAUUCUGUCAUUCUCAAACCAUGCACUGAGACUGGGGUCAUGUGUACGACAGAGAAUUAAGGAGUCGUACUGUUUUUUUGUUUGUUUGUUUUUUUGUGAAUUUGGAUGUUCACAUUUUUUACAAAAGUGACUGUUCGCUGUUACAAGAGUGAUUGGAUUUUAGAUUCAUCUAUCAAGCUAGCGUACCACUACGACAACUGUUUCUCUGUGCACGUCAUCCCUGAAACUAUACCGUCAUUCUCAAACAACGCACUACGACUGAGGGCAUGUUUACAAUCGUGACAAAGGGAAUAAUAGGAGUUGUAUUUUAAAUUUGGACAUUUACAAAUUUUUUGACUACUUAAAAGUGAUUAUGUACGCCAUUUUAGAGCACUAUCGUAGGAGUUGUGGGUCAUUGUUGACAGUAAUUUUAUGAGAGAACAAUUCUUGCCCGCUAAACUCUUUGCUAGGAACUAAUAAUGUGUCUGUCAGUGUUUGGUUGGUUGGUUGUUCCAUCUGUCAAGCUAGCGUAGCAAUACGACUUGAACGGCGUUCUGUGCGACGGCACUAGAUGGUACCCCCCUGAUAUAUCGUCAACGGGGAUCGGGGGGUAUAAUGACGGUAAAUUUCUGGAGCUCAACAACAGUCCCAAAACUAACGGUUUACAUUGUAAAGGCAACUGUCAACACGCCCGACUACGACCAUUUCUCUGUGGACGUCAUUUCCGAAACUAUUCUCAUUCUCGAUCAACGCACUGCAAUUGGGGCAAGUUUACAAUAGAAGGGAUCAUGGGAGUGGUUUUGAAAUUUUUAGCUCAAUUUAGACAUUCAGAUGUUUGACAACUUGCUGUUUUGGAUGGAAGCAAAUGUUGUUGUUUUUUUUGUUUUGUUUUUUUGCGCACUCAACCGUUCUCUCUUCCAAGUUAUCCUGUCCCCGCCUCAGUCGAGUUUUCUCUCUCUGUGCUUCUGACUCAUCAGUCCAUGCUUGUCAUUCCCGCUUAUAUGUACACGCCGUAAUAGGAAUCAUGAAAUCCCGCAGGUGGAAGCUUGCAGACCAGUUUUGUGCAUUUGUCUUUUUUUCAUAUUUGUUAUGAUUUUUAAAAAAGGAUUAAAGAUAGCAUAUGCAUAUUGACACAUGUCAAACAAAUCAAAAAGAGUACAACAGGACUUGGUCAGAUGUUAGGACCUGAUAUCAUCUCCUGUCACAGCACUUCAAAUUGUACUUAAUGAUUCUGCAGAUUAAAUAAAGUCAUUUUUCUCAGAC